GCGCCGCCUCUCAAGUACCCGAGUUUUCCCGAUCUUCAUCGGCAGUAUUGAGUUUAUUAGCGAAAAUCUGAGAUCAAAGCUUAGGGUCGUGAGGGUUACAGCACCGCUCACUAUGUUCAAUGAUACGCCCUCUUCUUUUUCGCAUCCGACGCGUCUCCACUCUCCCCCUCCCAACGCAGGACAACCUCAAAUCAAUCCUUUUCCAAUGCAACAAAACGAUCCUUCAACUCACCAAACUUGGCCGACUCACCGAGGCCCGAGACGUCUUCGAAUCCAUGUCUCAGCGAGAUUCUGCCUCUUGGAACUCGAUGAUUGCUGGGUAUGCACAGAACGGACUUUUGCGCGAAGCAAAAGCGCUUUUCGAUGCGUUUCGAGGGAAAAAUGUGAGGACUUGGACAAUUUUGUUGACGGGGUAUGCGAGACAUGGGCUUAUACAUGAGGCUGUGACUGUUUUUGAGUCGAUGCCGGAGCGGAAUAUUGUUUCUUGGAAUGCGAUGAUUAGUGGGUAUGUGCAAAUUGGUGACUUGAGGACUGCGCGGAAGCUGUUCGACGAAAUGCCCGAGAGAAAUGUUGUGUCGUGGAAUCAGAUUAUUACUGGGUAUUGUCAUUCUGGAAUGGUUGUUGAGGCUCGUGAGCUAUUUGAUCGGAUGGUGGAGCGGAACUCUGUAUCGUGGAUGGUUAUGAUGUCGGGGUAUGUUGAGAUUGGUGAGUAUCGAGAAGCUUGGCGUGUGUUUUCUAGGAUGCUGAGGAGUGGGGCGAGGCCUGAUCAGGCAACUUUUGUGGUUGCUUUCUCAACGGUUGCUUGGUUGGAUAAUUUGGAGUUGCUUGGGAGUUUGAGAACAAUGGCUGUAAAGGUUGGUUAUGAGAGUGAUGUUCUUGUGGGAACAUCAAUUCUUAAUGCCUAUACAAGGAAUGGAAGUUUAGAGCCUGCAUUUCAGUUCUUCGAGGCAAUGCCGGAGAAGAACGAGUAUUCAUGGACAACAAUGAUCUCAGCUUUCUCUCAAUGUGAUAAGUUAAACGAUGCCAUUGCCUUGUAUGAGCGAACUUCUCAGGAAAGUGUUGCCAUUCAAACAGCGAUUAUCACUGCCUUUGCUCAUAAGGGAAGGAUUGAGGAGGCCAGGAAUAAGUUUGAGGAGAUUGUGAAGCCCAAUGUGGUUGCUUGGAAUGCUAUGGUUGCUGCAUAUGCGCACAAUGGAAUGCUUGAAGAAGCGAAGGAUACUUUCUUGAGAAUGCCAGUGCGUAAUGCAGUUUCCUGGGCUGCCAUGAUCGCUGGUCUUGCACAAAAUGGCCAAAGCAUUGAGGCUUUGGAAUUGUUUUCUGAUCUUCAUAGAUCAGGAACUGUACCAAAUCAUUCAACCUUCACCAGUUCUCUCUCUGCUUGUUCAAAUAUUGGAUUUGUAGAGGUUGGUAGGCAGAUUCAUGCUCUCUCCAUCAAAAUGAGGUGCCAGUUUAAUUUAUUUGUGGGGAAUGGAUUGAUCUCAAUGUAUGCCAAAUGUAAGGACAUCGAUGGUGUUGUUCUGUUAUUUAACACUAUGAAAAGUAAAGACACUGUGUCUUGGAACUCUCUGAUCAGUGGGUUUGUGGAGAACAAUAUGUUGGAUGAUGCAUGGAAGGUUUUUGAAAGGAUGCCAGAGCGUGAUGUUGUGUCUUGGACUUCCAUUAUAUCAGCUUAUGAGAAAGCCGGGUUGGAGGAUGUUGCAUUUGGAUUGUUCCAUGACAUGCUCUCUGUAGGGACAACGCCAAAUGAAUCGACCAUUUCCACCCUCCUUUCUGCCUGUGCAUCGCUUGGUACUACUAAGCUUGGGGAACAAAUUCAUGCCUUGACAUACAAACUUGGGCUCAAUUCUUGUUUGAUUGUGUGUAAUGCUGUGAUAACAAUGUAUUUCAAGUGUGGUAGUCUAGAAGGAAUAUCUGUUUUCAACGAGAUGUUUGAUCGAGACACGGUUACUUGGAAUGCCGCGUUAGUUGGCUUUGCACAGAAUGGACUAGGAAAAGAGGCUAUUGAGAUUUUUAAACAAAUGGAAGCUGUAGGAAUUUUGCCCAACGAAAUUACGUUCAUUGGUGUUCUGUGUGCCUGCAGCCAUGCUGGAUUAGUUGAUGAAGGCUGGAAGUAUUUUAGUUUCAUGAAUCAUCAUGGAAUUACCCCAUCAGUUGAGCAUUAUACAUGCAUGGUUGAUCUCCUUGGCAGGGCUGGAAAGCUUUCCGAUGCCAAAGCUCUCAUCGAAAACAUGCCGGUAAAUCAGGAUAGUGUGAUAUGGGAGGCACUUCUUGGUGCCUGUAGGAUCCAUGGUAAUAUAGAACUUGCUCAAAGAGUUGCUGAAAGGCUACUUAGCAUGGGAACUAGCAGGCAUGGAACAUAUGUUUUACUAUCUAACAUCUAUUCAUGUAAAGGUCUGUGGGAGAAGGUUUCGGAAAUCGAAAACAUGAUGAAGAACAAGGAGGUUGCAAAAGAACCAGGAGCCAGUUGGAUUCAGAUCAGGUGCAGAAUACACUAUUUUAUUACCAAGGACGACUCUCACGACGAAAUCAAAGAGAUUCAUUCAUGCUUGAAGGUGUUACUAGAACGGCUUACUCUGGGAGGGUAUGUGCCUGAGACAAAUUUUGUGCUUCAUGAUGUGGAAGAUGAACAAAAACUAGAUGAGCUUCUAUAUCAUAGUGAGAAGCUUGCUCUUGCUUAUGGUAUCUUGCACACACCGAUCGGUGCGCCAAUUCAAAUCACGAAGAAUCUUCGGAUUUGUGGAGACUGUCAUACCUUCAUGAAAUUCGUCUCUCAAGUCACACAUCGAAAGAUAAUUAUAAGAGAUGGGUAUAGGCUCCACCAUUUUCUUGAUGGGUCAUGUAACUGCAGGGAUUACUGGUAAGGUAUAGCUGUACAGAAGACAGCACAUUCAAAUUUAAGUAGUGGCUUCGAACUCAUUUUCUUAUAUCAUUCUUAUAAUUCCAACUGGGCAUGGCUGCUACCAGUUGAUCAACAGAAAUUGGAAGUAUCAACUCUGUGAAACAUGCAUCCUAUGGUGAAAUUUUUGAGUUACAGACUGAGGUAAACAACACGAUUUUUUUUUUUUUUUUCUUCUUUCAAUGUAACAUGCAUUUUCUGGGAUCAGGCUAGAGAAAGUUAUAUGUUUCAAGAUUGUAAACUACAUACCUUUCAAAUUGUUUGAUCAGAAA